AUGGAAGAUGGCGUCUCGCACGCCUGUCCGGAGGGCGAGCAGCGAGACCAGGCCAGGUCGCCGCCGCCGCCGCCUGAUCACGAUGCGACGGCCUCCACCCUCGAUCCCACCCUCGACAAGAGAUCAGACACGCCGAUGCAGCUCAGCAGCGCCGACUGGGACAUAACGUCCAUCUCGGCACUGGGUGCCCUCCGUAUGCUGGUUCAAGCGCUCGAGAAGCUCGCCGACGCAACCGGCGAUGUUCCUCCUACGCCGCCUGUCUCUCGUCCGACGACACCUCGGCGCAUGGAAGCUGAGCGUGGUCACAGGCGAACUCCUUCAACCCCAUACCGAGCUGCAGGUGCAGUCGGCCUUCCUUCACUACACAUCGGCAGUCCCGAGGCUCAUCCACAUGAGCCCAUCACAGUAGAGGUUGGUUCUCAUGCAGAGGAUAUGGCUGUACAGCACGCAGCCAUAGCACGUCGCUUCUUCUCCAAGACAGCGCCGCCUUUCUCUUUGGGAGACUACCUGCUUCGAUUCCACCAUUUCUGCCCCCACUCACCAGGUGUAUACCUGGCUGCUGUAGGCUACAUCCACCGACUGUGCGUUUCAGAUCUCGCUGUUCCCGCCACAAACCGAACGAUCCACAGACUCUCCCUUGCUGCAAUAAGAGUGGCAGCAAAGGCUUUGGAGGAUAACAAAUGGGCACAAGAGCGUGUUGCGAAAGUCGGAGGCGUCAGCUCGGGACAGCUUAURAAUCUGGAGAUCACCAUGUGCUUUCUCCUAGACUUUGAGCUUUACACAGAUGAAAAGAUCAUGGCACGCCGGAUGUUCUUGCUACAGGAAGCAGGAAGGCAUGGCAUUGGUGCGAAGGGCCGACUUAACGACGGCUUCCAGCUCAGACUGCCAAUGAGGGCUCUGGGCGUCAAGUGA